AGUCCUGGCUCGUGUAAUGCAUUUUCUCUCUCUUCCUUCAAUAUGUAGUACUUUCUUUCACCAUCAACCAUGUUCCUGGAACACUCGCAGCAACUUGCUUGCACCAGCCCAAUCAUAACUAGUCUUCCAUAAACUUAUUUAACACGUCUUUAUAAAUCAUUUACUAUAAAUACUCCAUAUUAGACAAAACAUUCUUUCAUCCAGUUUCGCCAACACAAAUAUUCUCGUGUGUAGAAUCAUAUUCUUAGAUAGGACCAUACUUGUUAUUUUCGUUAAUCUAUUAAGUAUAUUAUUGCUGUGUAAUUGAAUUACAUUAAGUUAUUCAAAUUCUAGAAUUUUUUUGACUGUGAAGAAUAUACAACUAAUAUGAGGAGUAGCAUGGAAUUUGAGCGUGUUCUUAGCUACUUUGAUGAAGACGGUGACGGGAAGAUUUCGCUGACAGAGUUAAGGAGUAGAAUGUCAAGGAUUAGUGGAGAAUUUGAAUUGGAAGAAGCAGAAAUUGCAAUUGAGACAUUGGAUUCUGACGGUGAUGGUUUAUUGAGUUUGGAGGAUUUGAUUACGCUGAUGGAAUCUGGUGGUGAGGAUGAGAAAUUGAAGGAUUUGAAGGAAGCCUUUGAAAUGUAUGAUAAUGAAGGAUGUGGGUUCAUAACACCAAAGAGUUUGAAAAAGAUGUUGAAAAAAUUGGGAGAUUCAAAGUCCAUUGAUGAAUGUAAGUUGAUGAUUGGAAGAUUUGAUUUGGAUGGAGAUGGCGUGGACGUGAUGGAAUUUGAGCGUGUUCUUACUUACUUUGAUGAAGAUGGCGACGGAAAGAUUUCGCUGACAGAGUUAAGGAGUAGAAUGACGAAGAUUAGUGGAGAUUUUCUAUUGAAUGAAGCAGAAAUUGCAAUUGAGUCAUUGGAUUCUGACGGUGAUGGUUUAUUGACUUUGGAGGAUUUGAUAAUGCUUAUGGAAUCAGUGAGUGAGGAUGAAAAACUGAAGGAUUUGAAAGAAGCAUUUGAAAUGUAUGAUAAUGAAGGGUGUGGGUUCAUAACACCAAAGAGUUUGAAGAGAAUGUUGAAAAAAUUGGGAGAUUCUUCUAAGACCAUUGAUGAAUGCAAAUUGAUGAUUGGAAGGUUUGAUUUGGAUGGGGAUGGUGUGCUUAGUUUUGAUGAAUUCAGAAUUAUGAUGAGAUGACUCUGAUUCUAUAAUGUUGCUGUGUCUGUGUCUAUAGGCUGGUGUGAUUUCAUUCAUUCUUUUGUAUUAUUGUAUCUAAUUACAUUUAGGCGACUCAUAUGUACAUUUACAUGCAAUGACAAAUCAUGUUUCAACCUCUAAAUUCUUAUGUCAAAUCCAACCUCUAAAUUCUUAUGUCAA